AUGUACUCCAAUCCUAUCGCCGAACCUUCAGCAAAUUUCACAUUUGCCCACAUCGUAUCCGACAACAUCCAACGUUAUAGUCUUCACACACUCCACGCCCGCAAUGAACAAAGAAACAUCAGUGCAGAUGCGGCCAAUAAUGUUGAUAACCCUACCCCAGCGAAUCCGAACCUCGUUACAAUCGACAUCAACCGCAUCUGCUUAGACAUCUGCAAGUUCCACCUGUCACAAAUAGCGCCUACAGCCGCUACCCAGGCUGUCGGUGCACACGAUCCCGUUGCAGAUGUCGGCAAUGCGCCAAUCCUUGCGGCUGACACUAUCGAGCUCGCACCAGCUGCAGCCCAGAAUGUCUCGAUUGACGAGGAGGAGAGAGGACUUGGACCUACCAGCACAACGGCGACGGUCACCUAA